AUGGAGACCAACGGACCGGAUCAACCUACUGCCAUGCAACGCCUGGAGCAAACAGAGCGAGAGGUGAACCACAUGGCUGGCGACAUGGCCUCCAUGCUUCAGAUUGGUCAUCAACAGCAACAGCAGUUCCAGCAGCAACAGCAACAAAUUCAGCAGCAGCAACAACAACUCGCAAUGAUAAUUCAACUUCUCACCAACCUAAACCCCUCGUCUGCGUCCACCAGCUCUGUUCCAGCCAGUCAACCCAGCAGCCCAGCUUUAGCCAGUCCGGCUGUCGACCAAGCUCCAGCUGCUUUAUCAUCUGGUCCAGCUCCUGAAUCACCAGUUCUGGUCAUGGCCGCUGCUGCUGAAGCUCCUGAACCCAAGAUUGGCAAUCCAGAGCGGUUCAACGGCGAUCCAACUCAGUUUUCUGAAGAAAUGCUCAAGGUCUUCGACUUGGAGUCCACAACUACUGAGGCAUCACGGACCCUGAUGUGCAUUCGCCAAGGGCGGAGUCUGGCAGACUACAUCAAGGAUGAACUGGUUGCCCACGAUCAACCCUCCACCCUCGACGAAGCCAUUGCCCUGGCUGUCCGCAUCGACCAUAGGAUCCAGGCCCGCCGUCCCCUGGUGGACUCUGGCGCCGAAGCAAACAUCAUGGAUACUGAACUAGCUCGUCAGCUGGGCGUAGAAAGCCACCAGUUGCCCGCCCCCAUUCCAGUCCGGACCCUGGAAGGUCUCCCAGCCAACCCCUGA